AUGUAUCUGCGCCCUGCAGUACGUCAAGACCACGAAAACCCUCUGGGUCUCCCAAUCUAUGAAUGCUGGUUUUGUCCAACCAACUGGAUUGGAUUCUCUGGUCUCCUUUACCACCUUGAAGAAGGUCGUUGUGUUAAGCGAGACCGAAUUCGUACCCUCGCUUUUGAGACUCCCGAAUAUGGCUUCUAUGGCAACAAGCUUACCGAUCGAAAUCCCUUCUUCUGCUUCCAAUGCCGGGCCCAGUUUCCUGAGGUCUCUCACCUCUACAACCAUGCCGAACAACAUCCUUCCUGCUCUUACUUGCUCAACCCCUCUGAGUGUCUCGGUGCUCUCCGUGACUUUUACAUUGAGUACUACGAGUGCCCUGGUUCUGACUAUGUCAGUUACUAG